UCUCAAUUUGUUUCAUCAUUUUUUUCUGCUCAACCUCCUUACAAAUUCAUUCUAUAAUUGAGGAAUUUAACACAAAUGUUAAGUCAUCAAAAUGAAAUGUUUCCUAAAAUGAAAUUAUUCUUCAAAGGACUUUCAAGGAUUUGCUGUCUUGCCUGAGCACACACAUAUAUAUGUAUACAUAUUUCAGGGGUCAAGGUACCUAAGAGCCUCCAAAACAGACAAACAAAAAAGCUCCCUAAUAAAAAUUAGCUAAAAUCUUACGAGGUUCUGCCCUUCAAAGGCUAAUAGAAAAAAAUUCAAACAACCCGAGGUGCGGAACGUUUAGCUGAAGAACUAACGUGUUUUUUGUCACGCCCUAAAGUGAAAUAGAGGUAAGGGGAUUGCCCCGAGGCCAGCUGCGGUCACUCGCAGUACUCAAUUACAGCUCGGAGCUCUCCGUUCCUGACCCUGUGCUGAUUCCCGGGGCUUUAACCACCGUCCCUUCAGCACCACUCGAACAGAUCCGCGGCCUCAAGGCAACCAACAACUCUACACUUGCAUUUCUUGUCCUGUUGUAAACGCACUCGGUGCUGUGAAAACUCAGGAAGUACAAGCUAUCUCUUUUGGUGUUGUUGUUGCUUUUCUUAUUUUUUCAAGGGAAGUGAAAGCGAUCGCCUCACUUCUCUCAGCCAUUUGCCGUGUACCUACAAAUCCUCCGCGUUUCCUUAAGCCUUGCACUGUGCGGACACCACUUACAGGAUUAGGACCGAUCAGGACCGAGGACUGGGGCGCUGGCGGCUGGCUGACAGGCUCCGUCACGUGAGCUGCCAUCCUCUCGACCUCUGCGAUUCGGGGCGCGCACGGCGCACCCGCCCGUGCCCCGCGCUUGCAGUGGCUCCUCCGGGACCACAGGCGGCGGUGCCGCCCGAGCGGCCUCGGAGCGCGACCGCGGCCAACGCCCCCCGUCCGCCAAAGAUGAACCCGAGGCUGCGGCACUGGAGGGAAGCGGCUUCGGUGUUGCUGGCGGCGGGCACGCCGGGGCAGCGGUCGCCCUCCCCGCUCAGGCCGUGUGACUACGAGCUUCUGUUCCUGCAGCGGAGCUCCCGCAGCGGCUUCAUGCCCGGCGCGCACGUUUUCCCGGGCGGCCUGGUGGAGGCGGCGGACUUCUCAGCCGAGUGGCUGCGGCUGCUGCCCGCCGCGCCGCGCUGCGGGCUGGGCGCCGUCCGGCCGCCGCCUCCGGGCAGCAGCCGCGCCCCGAUCUUCGCCACCGACCGGCAGCAGCUGGGCUCGCCGCUGCCGGGGGAGGUCGCCUUCCGUAUCUGCGCUAUCCGGGAGACCUUCGAGGAGGCGGGAAUCCUCCUGCUGGCGCAGGGCGGCCGGCCGCGGGAGGGGAGCGGCCCGGUCCCGUCGCUGCCCGCCGCGGAACUGCUGCCCGCCGCGGAGCUGGGCGAGUGGCGGCGCCGGGUGCAGGAGGACCCCGCCUGCUUCCUGCAGCUCUGCCGGCAUCUGGGCCGCGUCCCCGAUAUCUGGGCGCUGCAGGAGUGGAGCAACUGGCUCACCCCGGUGGGCAGGGCCGGCCGCGGCGGGCGGCGCUACGACACCGCCUUCUACCUGUGCUGCCUGGAGACGCGGCCGCCGCACACCUCGCAGGACGACCGAGAGGUCACGGCCUUCCUGUGGUCAUCACCUCCAGAAGCUAUUGAACGCUUUAAAUCUCAAGAAAUCUGGCUUGCUCCACCUCAGUUCUAUGAAUUAUGUAGGCUGUGCAACUUCUCCUCACUGAAUGAGUUACACAAGUUCAACUCUCAUCGAGCUCUAGAGGGAUGCGAACGUUGGUUGCCUGUGAUGCUAACUGCUACAGAUGGCAUCAUUCAGCUCUUACCAGGUGAUGAGUUAUACCCAGAAGAUCCAGAUUAUACAGGCGAAAAGAAAAUAGCUAUGUCCACAGAUAAGACGGUUGAAGAUCUCAUGAGAGAGGGUAGUAUAUUUCACAGGAUAGUAAUAAAAAAUACCAACAGUCUUGCUGUCUAUGUUAAUAUUCAAGCAAAAUAUAAACAUAUGAAUCCAUUGAUAAUAAACACUGAUAGUUCAAACUACAACAGCAGAUUAUAAUGCAUUUGCUUUAAAGCUAGAAUAUGCUUAAUUACAUACAUAUUCACUGUGUUUCUUAUCCUUUCUAACAGUUGCCAAGGAGUCAGGAAAACGGACUUAAAUAUUCCUUGCCAAAGCAUUUCAUGUGAUUAUAGGUUUUAGAUUUGUAUAUCUAAUUCUUUGAGUCUUUGAAAUUGCAUGGUUGUGCCGGUUGUGAUGUUCAGAAGCUACUGAAAAUUUAACACAAUCACCAAGUGAAUUACCUGGAUAAACUUGAAAGUGAUUUGAUACCAAUUAUACUGAGCAAUUACCACCUUAUUCUACUUACAUACUAGUAGUGGUAUUCCAGCUGGUCUGCUGGGUCACAGAGGUCCUUUUCUCACUGAAAAUUAAAGUGUAUCAUAUGUUCAGAAUAAGUAUGUUUUGAGUUGAAGAUUAUUUUACUAUCCUUCAAAAGCUACCUGUAUGACAGCUGUAAUGUAUGUCUAGAAAUUAAUGAAACCUCCCAUUUCUAUUGACAUAUUCCUGUCGAAAAACAGCGUACGUGCGUAUAAGGAGGCUUGUUAGCUAACAUUAAAGUUUUUACUCAGAGAGUGGUGACGCACUGCCACAGGCUGCCCAGAGAAGCUGUGGGUGCCCCAUCCGUGUAGGUGCUCAAGGCCAGGCUGGAUGGGGCUCUGGGCAGCCUCAGGUGGUGAGGGGCAGCCUUGCCCUCGACAAGGGGCUGGAACUGCAUGGGCUUUGAGGUCCCUUCCAAUCCAAGCCUUUCAGUGAUUCUAUGAAAUAUUUAUUACAAACAAUAUUUAUAGUUGAUAAAAUUAAAUCAUUAAUGGUAAUUUAUGCAAAAAUUACGAUUUUCAAAGGUAGAGAUAAUUUACACAUAAACUAUCAUCAGAUCGAGUGCAAACAUUCUUCUUAUUCAUUCUAACUUUUACCUUCAAGUUACUAGCAAUUUUAAAAGAAAAAAUGAAUUGUUCAGCUCCAAAAAGAUUUCAAAAACUUCAGGAAAUAAUGUACUGCCUUGGAAACAACUACUUCCACAUUUCAAUAUCCCACAUUAUGUUUCUUAAAUACUGUACUUAACAAGUCUUUGAGAUUUAAAGACUUCAGAGGAAGGUCAGCUACUCUUUAAUCUUUUAUUUGGGGGAGGGGAGAAGUAAGUGGAGUGUAUGGAGCUGUGAUGCGAUAUCUUCUUCAUCUGGAAGAAGAAUGAUGACUUAAGAUUUGACAGUAAAGCUGUUGUGAAAACUGUUUCAACUUUUGUAUUGUAUUUCAAUUAAAAUAAGAUCUUCUGCAACAUUUUCAUUAUA